AAAAAAAUCCCCGUUUUCUUGCAACACCGCGCAACAACUUCAACCAUAGAUAGAGUAAGUCUCUAUGCUUCAACCAAGUCAAUAAUUUGUCUUUUUUUGGUGUGUGAGGUCGACCUUAUGACACUUAAAGGCGCAUUAAAGAUUUGUAGAUUACGCAAAGGAAUUUAAGCAAACUGAUGGCAUCGGAUAUGGACUGGCAGCCAGGAGUUUCGAUAAAGACACCAAAAAUGGAGGGGUCAAAUGAUGAUGCUGAGGGAGAGGGUAAGAAAUCCGGACGGAAGACCUGCAGGAAGUUUGGUGCCCUUGCUAACCACAUGAAGAGUUUCUUCAACCAGCCCGAGCUCAGCGAUGUCUUAAUCCGGUGUGGUUACAUUCAGUACAGAUCACACAGACUGAUCCUCAGUGCAUGGAGUCCUGUGUUUGAAGAGAGACUUGCCAAAGGAAGCAAACCAGCAAAGGGGGGCGACUGUAAGGAGCUACUUGUCAUAGACGUUGACCCUGGUAUCUCAGUAGACAGCGGUGGCAAUACUGAUAUCAACGGCGGCCUCUCAACAUUUUUCAGCUUCCUGUACUCCGGAAAGGCCGAUCUGACUGAAACUACAGUCAAGGUGAUCAUGAACUUGGCACAGGAAUACAAGAUCCAACCACUGCAGGAGUUGUGUGAGCAGUUUAUCGGGAAAGAGAUCGGCCAGCACAGUGUGGAUAAAGCCUUGGAGUGGCUUGCAGAGGCAGAGAAGAAACGCCUCGUUCUACUCCAGGAGAACUGUAUGAAGGUGCUGCGUGCGUACUUCCAGUACAUUCCGGAUGUUUCCUGGCAAGUACUACGCCUUGAUCAAAUGAUUAGCAUUAUUGAAAGCUCAGAAGUUGUGGUGGAAGAUGAAUAUGCUCUCUUUUCGAGGAUUGAUACAUGGAUUGAUUGUAGGGGAGGUAAAGAGGAACAUAUCUUGGAGAAUCUUGAGAAGAUUCUUCCCCAUAUCCGCUUCUCUAACAUGACAAUCUGGCAGCUGAAGCAAAUCAAGAAAACAAAACUCGGCCUUCUCAUCUCCACCAAGCACCCGGAGGUCAUCAUAGAUGCCCUCCAAGCCCGCGCCCUAGCAUCCGAGGAGACUGACUUCUUGGAGGUGUCUGAGCAAUGCUUUGUCCCUCCCCGUCUGUACCUGAAGUACGUCUCCCCUGGGGGAAAGCUAUCGAGCAAGCUAUCAAGCAAGAGAGAUUCAACAGACCUGUAUACCCGCAUUCGGUGUAGUAACUCUUUGACCGCCUAUUCAGACCACCGGGCGACUGUGUGGCGAGCCAAGAAAGGCAUUUACCAGCAAGAGGACCGAGAGAGCUGGGAGGUGAGGGUACGCUCUGCACAGGAGAACAAAGGUAGCCUAUGGAGACUACAGUUUCUUGUGUUGCCAUCCAAGGACCACAUUAAUAAGAAGAUCAAGUUGGCUCUGAGCAUCAAGAUUAAGGAAGAUGUGCUGGAUCCGAUCAUUAUUGUGUUUAGUGGGGUGGUUGCUAAAGGGGGAGCUCGAGGGGCAGCUGAUGGUUUUAUGUUGUUUACACCGUUCACCUUCGAGAAGAAACCCGAAUAUGUUUACACAAGGGAAGCAGUGUAUGUUGAUUAACGCCUUAUCACCAAAAACCCAGUUGCCCACAGACAGCCUCAAUCCUCCACUAUCCUUCUCUCUAUAGAACUUAUGCACAUGACGUCAUUUCAGUAGGGCGCCCUCACCUAGAGGUCAAAAGGAGGUUGUUCAUUGGCCAAUCCUG